AUGGAGGAGGUCCUGGGUAGUGUUCCAGCUAUGGUCACUGAAGGUGAUGAUGUGACUACGUUUGUCAAUAAUAUUAUCUUUGGUAGGAUUCCUCUUGAUAACAUGAAUCUCACUAAUGUUGCUCUUAUCCCGAAAGUUAAGAACCCUACUUGUAUUUCUCAAUUCCGUCCAUUUUCUCUUUGCAAUGUGUUGUAUAAAUUAGCUUCAAAAUCUGUAGCAAAUAGAUUAAAGCCGCUCCUUCAUGACAUGGUCACUGAAAAUCAGAGUGCUUUUGUUCCUAAACGUCAAAUUACAGAUAAUGCUUUGAUUGCUCUUGAGCUUUUCCAUACCAUGAAAAAGAGAUCUAAGGGUCUCCGUGGGACGAUAGCAAUGAAAUUGGAUAUGAGUAAAGCAUAUGACAGGGUGGAGUGGGAAUUUCUGAGACUACUCCUGACUAAACUGGGGUUUGCUAGAGCAUGGGCGGCAUCGGAGAAGAAAUUGAUCCACGGAGCUCGAGCUAGCAGAUAUGGCCCGGAGAUAACUCACUUGUUAUUUGCAGAUGAUAGUCUGUUAUUUACCAGAGCCACUCGACAGGAAUGUUCAAUCAUUGUUGAUAUUCUCAACAAAUAUGAAGCAACUUCCGGGCAAAAAAUUAAUUUGGAGAAGUCAGAGGUGUCUUUUAGUAAAGGUGUUCAACUAUCAUCUCGGAUCACUUUCAGCUAUAUUCUCAGUAUGGAAAUGGUUGGCAAUCAUAUCAAGUACCUUGGUUUGCCAACUGUUGUGGGGAGAUCGAAAAAAGAGGUUUUUGCUUUUGUGAAAGAUCGAAUUUGGAAGAAGGUCCAGGCUGGAAAGAGAAGUUGUUAUCUAGAGCCGCGCCUAGUAACAAACGAACAAUCACUUGUGAGCCGAGUCUUUGAAGCAAAGUAUCACCCUCAAACGUCCAUCUUUGAGGCUGCUUUAGGCCCGGUUUCAAGCUUCUCAUGGCAGAGCUUAUGGAGUUUAAAGGCUCUUGUAAUGGAAGGUAUGCUUAAGAGAGUGGGUGAUGGCCGUAACAUUAAUAUUUGGACAGACCCCUGGCUCAUAGAUGAUGAAAGUCGGUUUGUUACUACGGAAAGCAUAAAUGAUCUCUAUACUACUGUUGAUGAGCUUAUUGAUACCGAUAACAGCAGCUGGGAUAUGGACAAGAUCGAGAGCAUUUUCAAUGAUAGGGAUAAGCUGGCUAUCCUAGCUAUUCCAAUCAAUGAGAGAAAGCCAAACGACACCCUCACUUUGGCAUGGUCAAAGAAUGGGUGUUAUAGUGUGAAGACAGCCUACAUCCUUGGCAAAUCCCUUGCUCUUGAUAAUUUUGAGCAUUAUUGGGUUGAAGUAUGGAAGGCGAAGAUUACCCCCGAAGGCUCGACACUUCCUAUGGAGGUGCUGCUCAAACACUCUGCCUACUCGAAACCUCCUUGUGCAUAG